AUGAUGCGUGCCAUCAUGCUGCGCGCACUCCUGGGCGUGCUCUUCCUUGUCGUGUGGAUAGCUCGUGCGGAGAGUAUCGUGGCGCGCGACAAUCCAGCCAGUCGUUUACGGAUGAAUCCUGAUCCAUCUGGAAGCACGGUGUCCCCACCGCCUUCGUCUCAUACCCCGCCGUCUCCCCCACCCUCUGGCUCGGCGGCUUCCUCGUCCACAUCCACUUACGAAGGCGAAGGACCGCCUCCAGGUGUUGACUAUCCGAGUGUCACAUUGGCGAAGCCUGCGCCCAUAUCAUCGUUUGACGUGUAUGCCAAGCCAUCAAGUCUGCCUCAGGCAUCGAAGAGUGCAUCAUCCAACGUGAGCACGGCCAAGAUCGUGGAUGUGGCUAGCUGGGGAGAUGGUCCUCUACCAUCACUUAUAAGCAACAUGUACCGCGGCAACAAUGAGUCGGUCGCGAAUUUGCCCAAGUUCUACUUCAAUCUGGCCAACUCGACACUGCCCAAGGACAGCAAGCAAUUGGUAUGUGACAUUCAGGUCGAUUUUUGCAAAAGAUCUGGCUGCGAGGAAGAUGAAGACGAGCUGGAGUACAACUUUUGCGACGUCGAUAAGGGCAUGGCCACCAUGUGUAAAUGUAAAAAAAGUGUGUCGCGUCUUGCCCAAUACCAAUGGCCGGUUCAGUCGAGCGACUGCCAGAUCCGUCGACAGACAUGCAAAGAUGUGUGCAACAAUAAGCGGGAAACACAUUUCCGACAACGUGCUGAAUGCAUCAAGGCAUGCGAAGACCAAAUUGGUAGCAGCUGCGACAAGCCCGAGCAGUAUGGCUCAUCGUAUAUGGUCUCGUCGCCUGGAAAAACACCUUCAUACCAUAUCGUGGAUCAGUCGAAUCCACAAGGUGCAGGCGCGCACGUUGCAGCAAGCGUAUCCAUGGUCUUGGUAUGGACCCUGGCCACAUGUGUGUGGCUCUCAGCCUGA